CUGGCUUCAGUGCUGAAAGUUGCAAUCGUUAUUAUUUUGGAGCCAGCAUGUGCACCAACAUAGUCUACGAGUGGCUGAAGACCCUGCAGCUCCCCCAGUACGCGGAGUCCUUCGUCGAUAAUGGCUACGACGACCUGGAGGUCUGCAAGCAGAUCGGCGACCCGGACCUGGAUGCCAUCGGCGUGGCCGUGCCCCACCACCGGCGCCGAAUCCACGAAGCCGUGCGGCGGCUGAAGGAGGCGGACGAGAGGGCGGCGGGGCUCUACUUCACCCUGGAGCCACCGCCGCCGUCCCCCGCCCCCGCCGGGCGCUGCCCCCGCCGGGCGGGGGGGCCGGAGGAGCCGCGGCGGGGGGCGGCCCCCAGGGCCCGGCCCGGCGGGCGGCGGGGGGCGGCCGGUGGCGGGGGGCUGGUUGCGUACCCCAGGCUGAAGCUGAAGAUCAUGAUCCGGGACAAGCUCAUCCGCGACGGCAUCAACCUGAGUAAGCCGCCCUACUCCAACAAGGACGGGUCACUGGGAAAUAUUGAUGAUCUGGCACAGCAGUAUGCAGACUACUAUAACACCUGCUUCACAGAUGUGUGUGAGAGGAUGGAAGAGCUGCGCAAGAGGAGAGUUUCCCAAGACCUUGAUUUGGAGAAACCUGAUACCAGCCCCACAUCUCUACAGCUGCGAUCCCAGAUUGAGGAGUCACUUGGUCUCAGCAGCACUGCAUCAACACCUGACACUGAAAGAAAGCUCUCCAUUCAUAAAUCAAGUUCAGAAGAAGGCUCUGUAGGGAAAGCAGACUGGAAAAAGAAAAAUAAGUUUUUUUGGCAGAAUUUCCGAAAGAACCAGAAAGGACUAAUGAGGCAGACUUCAAAAGGAGAGGAUGUCGGUUAUGUGGCCAGCGAGAUCACAAUGAGUGAUGAGGAACGGAUUCAGCUGAUGAUGAUGGUGAAAGAGAAGAUGAUCACCAUUGAGGAAGCACUUGCUAGGCUGAAAGAGUAUGAAGCCCAGCACAGGCAGUUGAGUGCUGUAGAUGCUACAGAAUGGCCUGAUGGCUCUUACUCGACACUUGAUGGGUCUUCCAAUUGUAAUUCAAGAGAACAAUCCGAUGAUGAAACAGAGGAGUCGGUGAAGUUUAAGAGGUUGCACAAGCUGGUGAAUUCUACUCGCAGAGUCAGGAAGAAACUCAUCAGAGUUGAAGAAAUGAAAAAACCCAGCACAGAAGGUGUGGAAGAGCACUCACUUGACAACUCUCCUAUACUGGAUGACAGAUCAGCACUUUACUCUGGAGUUCACAAGAAGCAAUUCUACUUUGACAGCUCCUGUGAAAAGCAGCCAGAGGACGACUCGGACUCACUCACUACUUCUCCCUCAUCCAGCAGUCUUGAUACGUGGGGAGCUAACCGGAAGCUGGUGAAGACCUUCAGCAAAACUGAUAGCCGUGGCCUUAUCAAGCCUCCCAAGAAACUUGGGACAUUUUUCUCUUACCCAGAAGAGGAGAAGUCCCAGAAAGUUUGCCGCUCCUUGACAGAUGGGGAAAUGAAGAAGAGCCUCGGCUCACUGAGCCAUGGGAGAACCUGUAGCUUUGGAGGCUUUGAUUUGACAAAUCGUUCCCUUCAUAUUGGAAACAGUUCUGACCAAAUGGGCAAAGAAGGAGACUUUGUUUAUAAAGAAGUGAUCAAAUCACCCUCUGCCUCCCGAAUAUCUCUGGGCAAAAAGGUGAAGUCUGUAAAAGAAACUAUGAAGAAAAGGAUGUCAAAAAAAUACAGCAGCUCUUUGUCUGAACAGGAGUCCAGCCCUGGGAUCGUGCCGGGUUCCCCACAGUCGCCACCACCAGACACUGACUCCCUGGACAAACCCAAGCUGAAAGCUGGUGGCUCAGUGGAGAGCCUGAGGAGUUCCUUAAGCGGUCAGAGCUCAAUGAGUGGUCAGACAGUGAGUACGACAGAUUCCUCAACCAGCAACAGGGAGAGUGUGAAAUCAGAAGAUGGUGAUGAUGAAGAGCCUCCUUACAGAGGACCUUUUUGUGGAAGAGCCAGGGUUCACACUGAUUUUACUCCGAGUCCUUAUGAUACAGAUUCUCUGAAGCUCAAGAAAGGGGACAUCAUUGAUAUAAUCAGCAAACCCCCCAUGGGCACUUGGAUGGGUCUGUUGAACAACAAAGUUGGCACCUUCAAAUUUAUCUAUGUGGAUGUGCUAAAUGAAGAGGAAGAGAAGCCGAAGCGGCCCACCAGGAGACGUCGAAAAAGCAGACCACCCCAGCCCAAGUCAGUUGAGGAUCUCUUGGAUCGCAUCAAUUUGAAGGAGCACAUGCCCACUUUUCUGUUCAACGGUUAUGAAGAUCUGGAUACCUUUAAGCUUUUAGAAGAAGAAGAUUUGGAUGAACUGAACAUCCGAGAUCCUGAGCACAGAGCUGUUCUCCUCACAGCAGUGGAACUUCUUCAGGAAUAUGAUAGUAACAGCGACCAGUCAGGAUCUCAGGAGAAACUUCUCAUUGAAGGCCAAGGCCUAAGCGGAUGCUCUCCUCGGGAUUCUGGCUGCUACGAAAGCAGUGAAAACCUGGAAAAUGGUAAAACUCGAAGGACCUGUCUUCCGCCCUCUAAAUCAGCAAUUGAGCAUAGCUUUAGAGAUUUCAGCAGAAACCAGCUAUCAAAUUAUCCCACUCUUCCACUGACCAAGUCAAUAGAAACUCUGCAGCCAGGGGAAAAAGAAAGCCGGCUGGGUUGUGCACAUCGUGCUCUGAAGAGUUCUGUCAAGCCUCCGGCCGUCACGGCUCUGAAGAAGAACCGCAGAAGUUUACCAGUUGCUGUGUGUCGAAGCUAUGAAACUCUGGAUGGCCCCCAGGGUGUAGAUACAUGGCCAAGAUCUCACUCACUGGAUGAUCUCCAGGGAGAACCCAAUACCAACUUACAGGAUGCUAACAAGAAAGUAGGUUCUUUUCCUCAGGAUUCACUGGAUAUAGCUAAAAAGGCAACUAGCUCUGCCUUGCUGCCUCAGUCUCAUGGAGGCAGCUGUAAGGUAGAUGAUGUCAUGGCUAAGCAGGGCAAAGGAGCUGCUAAUUCUCAGAAGGGAAGAGCUAAGGAAUUGAGCUGCUCUGUAAUGGAGACUGCAGGUGGAAAGCCUGCUCCGUUCCCCCUAAAAAACUGUGAAGCUCAGCCUGCCUUAGUGAUGCAUCAUGCAACAAGGACACCUCUGGAAAUACAGAGUAAAGGAUUUCAUGACCUUGCACGGGCUGAUUAUGCUCCAGUCCUCAAGGGAGGUCUAGAAGCUGAGCACAAAAGCACAAAUGAGGCAAGAAUGCAACCAAAAAAUCCUUCUCAGCCACCGCCUGUCCCUGCCAAAAAAUGCCGAGAACGCCUUUCUAAUGGAUUAUAUCAUCCUCCCACGACCACAAGUGGAAACCACUCAAGUUUAGAAGCACCAUGUUUGCCAGUAAAAAAGACCAGCUCAUCCAGUCCCAUUGAUUGUCAUGGAGUACCUGUCCAUAGGACAUCUUCUGAACAGGAGCCCAGUAGCCCUCCUAGCCCGCUGCCGCCGUGGCUGUCGGAGCUCCCAGAGACUGCUAGUGUUCAGCAGCAUGUGGUAAAGCUUGGUCCUGCAUCAGCAAGGAAAGUCUCUUGCAGCAGAGGGAUGGAUCUGGAAAUGGUGAUAGAAAACAAGCUGCAAUCUGAAGACAUUGAUCUUACUGAAGAGCCGUACUCAGACAAGCAUGGUCGCUGUGGCAUUCCUGAGGCUUUGGUACAAAGGUACUCUGAAGACUUAGAGCAAGCUGAAAAGGAUGUGGCUACAAACAUGGACCAAAUCCGGGUAAAGCAGCUGAGGAAACAGCAUCGCAUGGCAAUUCCAAGUGGAGGACUCACAGAAAUUUGCCGUAAACCUGUAUCCCCAGGACUCAUCACCUCUGUGUCUGACUGGCUGAUUUCCAUUGGUCUGCCUAUGUAUUCCAGCCUGCUCACAGAAGCAGGAUUCAACACACUGAGCAAAGUGCCUUCUCUGUCACAAACUUGCCUUCAAAAAGCUGGCAUCACAGAGGAAAGGCACAUAAGCAAGCUCCUGGCAGCAGCAAGACUCUUCAAACCUCUUGAUCCAGAGGCAAUUUAACAUGCUCCAUAGUGUGACAUUGCCUGGUCGAGAAUCCACUGCUUCUUCCUGCACCAGUACCACUCUAAUCACUUCACAUAGCUAAAAGGAUCAAGAAAGUGGCUCCCCAGGACAGGCAGAUAUCUUCUUCAAAGGAUAUGAAAGUAUUUGGCCACUGAAGGAGAAGAGAGGCAACCACCAGGUAACAUAGAUGUGGUACUUCCCUCCCCCCUCACUCCCAUCUAAAGUAUUCCUAUUUCAUAAACUGCACAGGGUUGGCCUGAGAAUCAGACAGCUUCACAGAAUUAAGGGACCCUUGCACAUUUUCCUCAAGUUUGUGAUAGUGAUACUAGUAACAGGUCUUUUGUACAUCUAGGUUCCAGGUACCUGAAAUCAGUUCUAAAGACCAGGUACAAACCAAGGUGCAAAUUCCAGUAGAAGCUCUUUGGCAAAUGUCUUUUGUUUAUUUCAGCAGUCUAGAGCUAAACACAAAGCCCUCCCAGUCAUCUUUGCUGUUGCUUGGUGUAGGUCCCAGUUGCUACGAAGCCUUUAGCUAGGCUGAAGUUGAUGGACUGAAAUUAGUUUUCAGUGUGGUCCAUCUCUGUCACUUCACUGCAACUAACCCACAGAGAGUCAGAAAGCUUCUUUUUAUUUGUACAGAGCUGAGGUCAUUUUUAUAACUGCUUUCUAGCAAUCAGCUUUUUAUUUGCCUUAAAAUAAGCUUUUAAGCAGUUACCUAGUGUUCACUUUACCUGUUUUCACAUUUCCCAAGCCUUGUUUCAACCUGUCACACUUAAGUUGCAUUUAGGGUGAUUUCCAGCUGAAGUAGCUUCUAUAAAAUGCCUCAUCAUAACAUCUCCUGUGUUGUAGAGGUGCUUUUACAAAUGCAGGGAUAUGCUAGGUUUUGGUUGUCAGGUUAACUCCUUUUUCACUACAGUUUGCAUUUACUGUUGUUACUAAACUGUUCCAAGAUAUACUGCCUUGUAUAUAUGUAACUGCUUUUCAUUUUAAUCAUAAUCUGUGUACUGUGUUAUAUUGUCAAUCAUUAUGCUACAGCUUUGACUUGGUAUCCUGACCAUAUUGAUUCCAAACAGUGGGUUUCUGCAAAUGAAAAUUCACUUGCAUUGAAAAAGCAAAUUGUGUCCCAUAGAAAUCAUUAGACCCAGUAAUUCCAUUGCAUGGACAAGAAAAUUCCUAGAUAGUCUCAUGAAUAACACUGUGAUUUUUAGAACACACCACUGCAUUACUAUUACCUCUUACUGGAAAGAGCAUUGUUCUGGCAAAUGUGAUGAACCAUUUUUCAUGAUGCAAUGAUAUUUUUCUGCCUAGCUCCAUGUGAAACAUUCCAGUCGCAUAUGUGACUAAAUGACAGAUUUUAUUUUUCUAUAUUGGGUACAUGUUUUGUAUACCAAAUGAAUAGCACAUAACCAGCUUUUUAUUUGGGGUCUAUAUAUGGUGUGUCCUUCAGCUUCUUGUUGUAGUGCAGAUGCUCCAUGGAAGACACAGCAAGCUUAGUGUGGCCAGUAAAGGGAGAUAGAAUAGAAACCUGGGCACAGACCGGGAUGUGUGGCUGUUUCCACUAUCGGUUCUGACAUCAAUUUACUGUAUAAAACCAGACAAGGCACUUCACUAUUUGGUGCCCCAAUUAUCCCAGUCUCAUACUGAACUAAUGACUUCUGAUAGAAUGCUGUCAGAUUGAUGAAUGAAAGAUUGUGGUUACUCCAUGAUUCCUUACUAUAUCUGGCCCUUUCCCAGUUCAUGUUUUAAGUGGAUGAGUAUGCAUUUUACUGCAGAUGAUAACUAAUUUGCCUUCUGGUAGAAUUGAUAGCUAUUGGGUUUACUUCCCAAAUUUUGUACUUCACUAGUGUCUAUUGACACCAUUAUAUGAAGGCAACUAAGUUACUGAUGAAACUUGAAAUUGUUCUCAAGCAAAGCUCUUUAAUAUUCUCCUUGGUGUCUGAUAAGCAGCAUGUUCUGAUAUGACAGAAUCAGGAGAGAUAGAGCAGACAUGUUUUGUACAGCUGGUGAAAAUCUGUGCAGCCUCGCCUCAAGUCCCAUGUGCAGUUUUGGGCACCAGAAUAUAAAAAUUACAUUAAGCUAUUGGGGAGCAUCCAAAGGAGGGCCAUGAGGAUGGUGAAGGGUCUGGAGGGGAAGCUUUGUGAGGAGCAGCUGAGUCUGUUCAGCCUGGAGGAAACUGAGGGGAGACCUCAUUGCACAUCCUCAUGAGAGGAAGCAGAGGGGCAGGUACUGAUCACUCUGGUAACCAAGGGAACAGCCUCAAGCUGAGUCAGGGGAGGUUUAGGUUGGCUAUCAGGAAAAGGUUCUUCAUCCAGAGGAUGGUUGGGCACUGGAACAGGUUCCCCAGGGAAAUGGUCACUGCUCCAAGCCUGUCUGAGUUCAAAAGAUAUUUGGACAAUGCUCUCAGGGACAUGGUGUGACUCUUGGAGAUGGUGCUGUGCAGGACCAGGAGUUGGACUUGAUGGGUUCCCUUUUGUAGCUCAGUAUAAUCUAAGAGUCUAAAAAAUAAAAUAAUUUUUUUUUAAUUAAGUUUUUUUAAUAAUUAUUAUUUUUCUCUUGUUCCUCUCUGAGGCUUACAUGGUGACUAUCAGUAAGCAGGAGAUGGAAAGAGUAUUGAGACUUCCUGGGAUUGCUAGCAGGGAUCAGAACAGAGUAGAAGUAAGUGGACAGCAGUUAUAUUGCAGCGAGGGAAAAGUCCAAGCUGACUAUAGCAAUAAAAAAGGAAAUAAAUUUCCUUGUGUUGCAGGGAAGAUAAGUCGUAUAAUAAAGCUCUCCCAUAUUAAUCACUUCCCCCUCUCUUACUAAUAGAAAGAGAAUUAUGGGAAUAAGCUGAACCUGUUUGCCAAACUCUCUUUGUAAAUCCAUUCUUUUUAAAUGAUUAUGUGACCCAGGGAAACCAAAUCACACCCAUCAGGACUGGAGUGAGCAGUUUGAGAUUUAUGAGUUUUAAUAUUUGUUUUCUUUUCUUUUAUAAACUGUGCUUUGUAGUCUUACUUGAAUUGCAAUUUUAGUUUCUAUUCUAAUCAAAAAAAGCCUUAAGCUUCUCAGUGUUUGAGCUUCCCUGCUGUGGUUUCAGUGACCUGCGGCAUUCCCCAAGCAGGUGAGGUGGCGCAUUGCGAGAGCCAUAACCUCUUGCAUCUUCUUGCAACCGUCAGUGCUCUAAGCAAAAGUUCACUCAUUAACUCUUGGAAAGCACAGAAGAAACCUGCUGCUGGAAUCUUCAUCUGCUCUGCUCAUGCUCACCAUGUUAAGUAUCUAUCCAUUGUAUCUUAGUAACUCAAACAGCUAUUUAACAAUAGAAUCAGCAAGCCCAAAAUAUUACCAAAUGCAGUCAUAAUCAUAUGCUUUGAUCAAUAACCUGCUGUUGCUACCCAGGUGGCAAUUCCCUGUGCUCUUCUAUGAGCCUGGUUGUGGAUGCAGACUGGGAGCAUGAUCAGAAGCAUUAAACGUUGCAUUAUUCAAACAGGCCAUCAUGUCUAAGAGCAGCAAUAGUGGUCGAUUCACCAAGUCACAGCUGUGCAGUUGUACUGUAUUAUUUUUAGAAUAAAUAAUACUUUCAGUCCAAGAUACUUUUAGCAUUAAUUGACACCCUUUGGGGAAUCAAAACUGUCAAGCAAGUUAUGUAACAACUAACAAAGUUGCACUUUCUGUAUAUGAAAUCAAUAUUUAAAUAACUUAUUUUUCUCCAUUUGCUGUUCUUAAAUGAUGUAAGUAGCUGUAAUAUACCAGUACUCAAUAUGUCCUGCAGUUUGCUUCAACCCAAGAAAGCUGUGUAUUGUAAAGAAAAAAAAAAAAAACAAAACAAAAUAUGAAUGUGUAAAGAUUAUUGUGCUGUUUCAUUUAGCAAAAAAAUGGUUGACAAAAGGGUUUUCCUGUGUAUCAAAACUUGUCUAUAAUUAUAUGUCAUACUGUUCAUAGAUAAAAAGUAAAUAAAUUUCCAUGGUCUCUC